AUGGGGAGCGAUUCGUCGAAAUCGAUAUUAUCUUCAACCCAGAAGCCUGCAGCACGUGGAAUAUCAAGAAGCUCAAAACAUAAUUUAGGAUUUAGCUCUGGUCCAUCAUUGUCAGUUAUACAACGUCAUAUGGGCAUGGCGCAAAAGAGUCGGGUUUUGCAGUUGAGAAACUGUGGUAUAAAAACAUUACCAGAACAGCUGCAACAAAUCAGUGAAAUUCUUCGUAGUUUGGAUCUCUCCCAGAAUAAAAUUCAGACUUUACCAAUAUCUAUUGGUUUGUUCAGCAAUCUGAAACAACUUCACCUGUCUCAUAACAAGCUGGACAGACUACCAGAUGAAAUAGGGGUUUUAAAAAAAUUGGAAGUUUUGGAUCUCUCAUGUAAUCGACUUGACAUACUUCCGGAAUCACUGGCUGGCUUGUGUUCAUUGAAGACAUUAAAUUUAUCAAAAAAUAAGAUUUCACAUUUUCCUAUAUGUAUAUGUCAUUUAGCAGCGCUAGAUAAUCUUGAUAUAUCGUCCAAUUUGAUCGAAUUCCUGCCUGAAGAGAUUAGAUUGUUGAAGGCUUCAGAGCUGAAUCUGAAUCAAAAUAGACUGAAUUCAUUAAAUGCUGCUAACUUAAUGCAUAACACGAACCUGAAAACACUGCGAGUGGAAGAAAAUUGCUUAAAUAAAACAGAUUUUACGAGCGAUUUUUUGAUUUAUUCAAAUGUUAAUCUCAUAACAUAUGCUGGAAAUCUUUUUCAAGACAAAGAUUUCCAGAAUUUGCCUGGAUAUGAUGAGUAUCAGACGAGAUAUACAGCUGUAAAAAGGAAAUUGUAA